UGGGGAAGACGUCGCUGCUGGUUCAGUUUGACCAGGGCAAGUUCAUUCCUGGUUCUUUUUCUGCUACGGUGGGCAUCGGAUUUACCGAUAAGUCAUGUGGCAUCUUGCAUCCCAUGAAAGCUCCUUGGGUGGCAUCCAUUUCUUUGAUCUGAGCAACAGAACAAGUCCUGCUUAACAACUUCUCACACCAUGUUCCUGCCUUGUGAUCCUAGCCUGUCUGCCUUGCCUUGCCCUGUCUCACCUUGUUCCUGCCUUUUGCUUGCCGCUUUUCCUCCUCUCCUGCCCGGAUGGACUCUACUCAGCCCUGGCUUCCAUCUGCUUCUGAGUAGGCACCGCCCCAGCACAGAGUCGCCCUGCACAACAUUCACCCAAUCAGGUGAUGCUGCUUGGCGAUUCAGGCGUGGGGAAAACCUGCUUCCUCAUCCAGUUCAAAGAUGGGGCCUUCCUCUCUGGAACCUUCAUUGCCACCGUCGGCAUAGACUUUCGGAAUAAAGUGGUAACAGUGGAUGGUGUGAAAGUGAAACUCCAGAUCUGGGACACCGCAGGGCAGGAGCGGUUCCGGAGCGUGACCCAUGCUUACUACCGAGAUGCUCAGGCUCUCCUCCUCCUCUAUGACAUCACCAACAGAAUGUCCUUUGACAAUAUUCGGGCCUGGCUGACAGAGAUACAUGAAUAUGCUCAUAAGGAUGUGGUCAUUAUGUUGCUAGGCAAUAAGGCUGACGUGAGCAGUGAAAGAGUGAUAAGAACAGAAGAUGGGGAAUCAUUAGCCAGGGAAUAUGGAGUGCCUUUCAUGGAGACUAGCGCUAAAACUGGAAUGAACGUGGAACUGGCAUUUCUGGCCAUUGCAAAAGAGCUCAAGCAGCGAGCUGUGCAGCAGCCCAAGGAGCCCAGGUUCCAGAUCCAUGACUACAUAGAGUCACAGAAGAAGAGGACCAGUUGCUGUGGCUUCCUUUGAGGGAGCAGACCACCAAGCCAGUCAGAGAACCCAGUGCCAAAGAAGAGGUCACACAACAGACUGGCACAGUGGGGAUGCAGAGAGGAAGCUACGCUGGUGACCCUCUUCAAAGACAAUAUUUUUUGAGAGACAGUUGCUCAUAGAUUCUAAAAAAAUCAGCAUGUCGUACCUAUUCUCAAGAGUGUACGAGAGAGAACAUUCAGGGUCUCACUGCAAAAGCCAAAUACACCCUUCAGAACAGACCACGACCAGGACUGAAUGUGACCACCCCAUGCUUGAAAAUGGAGCUGGUCAGCAUCUGUAACAACACUUCCCAAGCUUACCCCUGGUGCAGCUGGAGAGAUUAGCCUUAGCAAAACAAAUCAGAUUUCCUUUGGUUAGCAGUCUCACACUAUCCUGUGCCAUAUACAGAAAACAGGUUCGGUAUGGAACAGCUAUAUAAUUUAGCUCCCCCAAGCCACUGGAAUUGGGCUAGGUUAGUUUCAGCAGCAGAAGAGAGGCCUAUACAAUCUCCUUUGGCAAAAAAUCCAGGGAAACUUUUUUCAUAAGGUCUGAGCAGUCUGAAGGGUUAACUGGAUAACACAACCGGUGGGGGAAAGCAACCCUUUUGCUUGAUCUUAAUGUUUUAUGUGAUGGAUGAAAUUAGCAGGAAUAUUCAGUAAAGAAAUAGUAGAUGUA